ACCUCCAAUCUGGAUCGCAGCGGUAGUAACAGAAAGAAGAAGAUAGAGGAGUUCUCUAAGUCUUCUCGGGAGAAGCUGCUUCAGUCCAAAAAUAAGAUGUUUUCCAAAUUCACCUCCAUCCUGCAGCACGCAGUCGAGGCGCUGGCGCCUUCACUGCCACUUCAGGAGGACUUUGUCUACCACUGGAAGGCCAUCACGCAUUACUACAUAGAAACAUCAGAUGACAAGGCGCCCGUGACAGACACCAACAUCCCCUCACACCUGGAGCAGAUGCUGGACAUCCUGACCCAGGAGGAGAGUGAGCGAGAGUCGGGCGAGACGGGGCCCUGCAUGGAGUACCUGCUGCACCACAAGAUCCUGGAGACCCUCUAUACCCUGGGCAAGGCCGACUGUCCCCCAGGAAUGAGGCAGCAGGUGCUGGGCUUCUACACCAAGCUGCUCGGGAAGAUCCGCCAGCCCCUCCUGCCCCACAUCAACGUCCAUAGACCUGUACAGAAACUGGUGCGUCUGUGUGGGGAGGUUCUGGCCGCUCCCACAGAGAACGAGGAGAUCCAGUUCCUCUGCAUUGUCUGCGCCAAACUCAAGCAGGACCCCUACCUGGUCAACUUCUUCCUGGAGAACAAGGUGAAGACAGGGGCCUCUGGGGGUCCUGGGGCUGAGGGUUCGAUGGGUGAAGCUGCUGAAGCAAGCGAAGCCUCAUCUCCAGACACCGGCCAACCACAGGGUGCAGGGGACCUGAGGGAGGAGCCUCCGAGCCCAGCCCAGUCCAACCACAACCAGAGCUACAACCUAGUCAACUCCCUGCUCAACCUCACCAAGAGUCCGGACGGGCGUGUCGUGGUUAAGGCGUGUGAGGGGCUGAUGCUGCUGGUCAGUUUGCCAGAACCGGCGGCCGCCAGGUGUCUGACAGAGAACACGGCACUGUGUGAGGUGCUGACCGAGCGUCUGAGCACCUUCUACCGCGCCCUGCCGCCUGCCCUGGACCCUCUGGACAUCGAGACUGUGGAGUCUGUCAACUGGGGGCUGGAUGCAUAUAACCUGAAGGAGGAUGCAGCGGCGUUUAUGGGGAAGAGGGCGCUCAUCUCCUUCCUGUCCUGGCUGGACUACUGUGACCAGCUCAUCAAAGAGGCGCACAAGACGGCGGCCGCGGUGCUGGCCCGAGCGGUCCGGGAACGCUUCCUCCUGACGGUUCUGGAGCCCCAGCUCAUGCAGACCUCGGAGAAGGGCAUCCUGAUCUCGACGGCGCUGCUGAACCGGAUCAUUCGGCAGGUGACCUCGGACGCGCUGCUGCAGGAGACCGUCUACUUCCUGCUGGGGGAGGAGCGAGGGGCGGAGACUCCCGCCGGAGUCAGCAGCGUCCCGCUCAGACACAGGCUCAUCGAGCACUGCGACCACCUAUCAGAUGAGAUCAGCAUCAUGACGCUGCGGCUAUUUGAGCAGCUGCUGCAGAAGCCCAGCGAGCACAUCGUUCACAGUCUGGUGCUGCGCAACCUGGAGGAGCGCAGCUACGCCGAGAACAAGGGCCCUGAGGAGAGAGAGGCCACCGAGAACGGCCAGCCACCCGAGGCCGUUGACCUGGAGGAAGACCCGUUGUUCACAGACCUGUCCCCGGACACUAGGCUGUCCAGCCCUGACUGGCUGAGUGCCUCUCCCCCUCAGAGCCCCGACCACGGAAAGACUGAGGGGAAGACCGAGGUGCACAAGAUCGUCAACAGUUUCCUCUGUCUGGUCCCUGAUGAGGCCAAGUCCUCUUACCAUGUAGAGGGCACAGGUUACGACACCUACCUGCGAGACGCACACAGACAGUUUCGGGACUACUGCGCGGUGUGUAUGAGGUGGGAGUGGCGCGGCACCCCCAAACCCUUUGAGAAGUGUAACCUGGACAGCCCCUUCUUCGAGGGGCAUUUCCUCAAGGUCCUCUUCGACAGGAUGGGGCGCAUCCUGGAUCAGCCCUACGAUGUGAACCUGCAGGUGACGUCUGUGCUGUCCAAGCUGGCUCUCUUCCCUCACCCUCACCUGCACGAGUACCUGCUGGACCCCUACAUCAGCCUGGCACCUGGCUGCCGCUCCCUCUUCUCCGUCAUCGUCAGGGUGGUGGGAGACCUGAUGCUGAGAAUCCAUCGCAUCCCGGACUUCACCCCCAAACUCUUGCUGGUGAGGAAGAGGCUGCUGGGUAUGGAGCCUGAAGGCCCUGGCAUUGAUCAUGUGACCCUGCUGGAAGGUGUGAUCGUGCUGGAGGAGUUCUGCAAAGAGUUGGCGGCUGUGGCCUUUGUCAAAUACCACGCCUCCACGUCCCCGUAGGAGCCAAUCAGACGCGAGCCCUCUCAGACACCAAGCUGGACACCACGGGGGACGAGGGGAUGGGGUUUGUGGGUUAGGCACAUCUUUCAGGGUGGGGCUGGGGGAGGGGCGGCGCUGUCUGACACACAUCCCAGGGGCUGCUGGGAAACAGCAGCCGCAGGAAGUGGGCGGGUCUGACGCUGCAAGGACUUCCUGCGAGAAAGUUUCUCUUCAGCAUGUGUCCUCCUCAUCCUGUACACAGAAGGGAACUGGCCUCUACUCUCUCAACAUUGUAAUUUCCCGCGUACUUUUAAAAUGUCCCAACUGAAAGACAGGUCCUUUCCCUGGAGUUUCUCUCUGUAAAGGUGUUCUGAUGAGAGGUGAACUCCACUCUGAUUGCCUUCAUAUGCAAGAUUACUGCCUUCUCCAGAACUGAACCCUCACCCCUCAUUUUAUCUGCAAGACUUUGAAAAAGAGAUUUUUUACAAGGGAUCCCACUGACCGAGCAGGACAGAAUCAUUUAAAGAGGCCGUAGGAAGCACUGGCCUUCACAGCGCUAGGCUAACGGGGAAGCUAAACAGAGGCUGCGUUAGCGGUGACAGUGUUCUGGACCUACAUGCAGCACGUAGCGCUACUGCACAUUAACACUCAGAUACUGACACCUGUGGAGGCUCGUGCUGGCCCUGCGCUUUGGGGAGUGGAUGGAGGGCUUGGCUCAGCAAACCUAAGACUGCUUUUUACCACAGCUGAACUCAGAUUUAAGGAACCUGGAGAGAGUCAGUUUGCACUCCUCAGACACUGACUCGCUCAGUUCAGCUCCAACAACUUGAAGAACGGAGCUGUUCUAACACUCUCUCUGUCUGUUUUUAAGAGGACUUUCUUCCUGUUUAAUUUAUCCCAGUACUCUUGUGUUGUCUGUGCCUUGGAAGUGGUUUUAAGUAUUACUUUUAGAGUUUAAUUCCUGGGGGUUGUGGAGAAUGUUAUGUAUGAGGGGACACAGGGUUUGUGUCAUUUGUGUGUAAAAAUGGCUGUGUGUUGGUGUUCAAUUGCUUUUCUGCUCCUUUAUGUUACAGGAAUCGGUUUUUACUUUCUUAUUGUGAGGGUCUGUGGCCCUGUGGUCACUCGCCAUGAGGUUCUGUAUUUGAGAAGCUUCUUAAAAAAAAAAAGCGGACCUGAGUGCAGUCUUCAUCUGAUCUGCAGUGUCUUUCCAGAAAGCCAGCGAGACUGAGAUCAGUGGUGUUUUACAAGGACAAACGUCACCACGGUCAUGAGGUUGUGGUCCUCAGUUUCCUGUAUAAAAGAGCGAGUCUCCACCCCCAGUGUCUGCGUGAGGCGUGAUACCUAAAGUAUUAGCUAAGCAUUGCACAUAGUUUCCACUGUCCUGUUCCAGCCCUGUCCCGCUGAGCAUACCUUUAACACAUCAGCCAUUAUGUGUUUUUGUACUGUGCAUUAUUUUCACAAACCAAAAAAAAAUACUUAACAAGGGACAUAAAAUUUACCUGAGUGUUUGUCAGAAUGGGGGGAAAAAAAAGCUUGUGAUCAUAUUUUUAUUCAUGCACAUUUUAUACCAAGAGUUCACAGAAAAGCUUUGACAUACUUGUACAUAGAUAAAUGUAAAAUUGUAGGAGCGAUACUGACUCGGUAGUCUUAGUCAAAUGGUAAUGCAUGCGUGUAAAUGGGUUUUUCGAGGCUUUGUGUUACGUUAUUAAUGCAGAAUACUGUCAUUCCUCAUGUUACAGUAAUGCUGCUGCAUUUUCACUGGAGCGGUGGUGGCUGUCCGCUCCCUCAAACGCGUGCCCAUUCCCCACUGUGGGCACCUCCAGCCCCCCAUGCCUUACUGAACACCCCGACCCUGCAGGGCUUUGAGAACGCGGCAGCAGUGCUGUUGUGCUGGUGUUGUGUGAAUAUCCCUCACAUCCUCUGCCACCGUACAGAUGAAUCUAGCUCAUUUUGUUCAAUGACGCCUUGAGAUUGCUCUCUUUUUUUUUCUCUGUACAGUUUGGAUGUAGACCAACCACUGUUGAAGUCUGAGACGACUUUUUAUUCCACACUGUCAUUCAUGUAACAGACAUGCUGCUGGACUAGGGGGGGAUAGACGUAUCUGAUUGGCUGAUUGUUUCUUCUGUCCAUGAUAUGUACUCCACACAGUCUGCCUGUCUGUCAUUUCAGUAUUAAAUAAUUGGUUAUUUAUUUCAUCCUGUAAGAAAAAAAAGACUUUUCAAAUGAAUCUCUGUGUCGUGCUUCCAGAUUGUGUAAUACACAUAAUGCCAUCCACCAUCAACUGAAGAGGGUUGACACAUGUCUUUUUGCGUAUAAAGGAUGACAUACCCAAACUCCUUACCUUAUGCCACUUCACCCAGCGGCCGGCCCCCCUCCUGCGUUCAGAGAAAUAUCACAUCUGCACUUUAAACUGUCGGCCUUUCUCUGCCAGGUUUAGUACGUGUGCUGUCUGCGCACAGGGGUUUUCUGGAAACUGCCAGGAGAGCUGCUGGCUUCUCAU